UCGUUUGACUGUUACUGUGCCAUCUGCGGCGCUACGCUGGACAACGCCAACAUCGAGGUCGGAUCAACGUCUCCGAAAUUCCUGGCCAGGCGCCGAGCACGGGUUGAGAGACAGAAAAGGGCGCGUGAGUUGGGCGAGGAACUUGCGAGUCCAGAUGAUGACGACGAGUUCGAGGAAGAGGGGGAGGGGCGGGAUUAUUGGAACACCGCGGAUGACGAUCACGCCUAUGAUCCAGAGCUCCUCGGCGAUACAACUUGGCUUAGUAAUGUCCGGUGUCUCGGCUUCAACCCUGCGGCGAUGGGGAAUGGCAGCUUCUGGGCAAUGGAAGGAGACGUACCGGUCGUGUUCCCCAUUCAUGAAUGUUGUUUCGACAUUGUGUCUAGGGCGCUCACUGGUUCCGAGAACCGCUGCAAGAUCGACAAGGACGCGUUAUACAAUAUCAUGAUCGGGUUGUCGGAGCAAUUCGAAAACACGUUGGCCAUAAGCCAUGGCGACAUCAACGGCGGCCAACAGUUUUGGGAGCGGAUUCCUGGCGAGGAGGUAUCAUUGAAACAGUAUACGGUUACACAGCCAGUAUUUAGCCCCGUGGUGAAGGCAUUCAUUCAACGUAAAAUAGCCAGCAACGACCUGGCAGUGCGACGGCAGUUCGUGCUAGAGGAUGAGCAGCAGAGAAUAUCGGAUCCCUUCCAUGUGCUGUCCAACGAACUCGUCUGGCAAAUUGCUCGAUACCUGCCAGCGGAGGCAAUAUUGGCACUCUCCACUGCCUCCUGGCCGGUGUUUAAUGCGGCUCGCGAUAACGGCUUCUGGAAAGCGUUCAUUUACAAUGAUAUGCCAUGGGCCGCCAUAGAGUUGCAACAUAUCAUCAACGACACCCAGUCGCAAGAGCUUGAUUACAAAGCACUAUAUCUCUGGUUCGAGUGGAUGACGGUCCCACAGUACGGAGUGGGCACACCUUGGAUGGGAUUGGCAAACCGCCGACGCAUCUGGGGCGCCUGCCAGGAGCUCGCGGAUCUCUACAGGCGGUGA